AUGAAUUUAGAUAAUUCUUGUACAAAUUCAUUAAUUUAUAAUUAUAUUUCAAUAAUAUCAAAUGAUAUUGAAAGUUGUUUUGCUAAUUGGAGAAAUAGUUUAAAGAAUGAAUUUCAAAUUAUUAAUAAAUAUUGUUUAGAAUUAAAUGUAUUAAAUGAAAAAUUUGAAAAUUUUUGUCAAUUAGAGAUUAAAUUAUUAAAUUCUAUUUCAAGACAACAACAACAACAACCACCUAUUGGAUUUACUAAAAAUGAAUAUUUUAUUUUAAAAUCUGAAAUAUUUAAAAUGGUAAGAAUAUUAUUAGAAAAAAGAAAUUUAAAUUUUGAUGAACCAUUAAAAAAUAUUCAAAUUUCAUUACCAAUUUUAUAUGAAAAUUUAAAAUUAAUUCAUUUAAAUUCACAUAAAUUAAUUAAUAAAGAAAAACAACAGUUAAAUGAAAAUGAAAAUGAAAAUAUAUCAUUACAUAAUCAAUAUAUAAAUUCAUUAUCACCUGAUAAUUCAUUUUUAAAAAUUAAACAAUUGGAUGGUGCUUCGUCUUUGUCUUCUGCCAUUUUUAAACCAUUACCACCAUUACCGCAACCAAAACAAUUACCAUCAAUACCAAUUUCACAAAUAACUUCACCACAAAAAGAACCACAACAACAAUUAAAAAAAUUAAGACCUGCACCAAUUCCAAAAGAACUUGAAAAUAACUAUGUAAUUUCUGUAACUCCAACUUCAUCACAGGUUACAAACAAUUUUUCUAACCAAAAUGUCUAA